AUGCCUACAGCCACUGAAAAGAUCAUUGAAUUACAAAAGUUUUACCAAUCCACCAAUAAACCCAUUUAUGCUGCCCACCCAAGAUCCAAAUACUACCUGAUCCCAUACUUUGGAUUGCUGGGAGUCUCUGUUGCUGCUACAUUGUUUUACACUGGCCGUGCAUGCUUCGGUAUUAAAGAUAAGAAAUAA